GGUAUUUUAGUCGAAUAUGAAGUGCUGACCGAACAGGUUUUCGUCCGUGCUCUCGAUGUACAUAAAUAAAUAAACACGAAGUUGUAGAUAUCUGUGUACGAAAUACAUACAUAUGUUAUUGUUAUUGUUAUUAUUAUUUAUAAACUGUGAUCCUUAACUUACUCUAAAUUUAACUAAAACUAAACAGUAUUUUGAGUUAAUUACCAAAUUGAAAUUUCAAAUCACAGACCCAUGAUAUUUGUGAUGGACGGGCAUAUGUGUUGUGUACGCACACACAAAUAAAAGAAAGCCACGACUGCGGGCUUCAUCAAUAUACAUACAUAUGUACAUAUGUAUACCUUAUUUUGUUUGUGAUGAAAUGAACAUAAGCUUGGUGUGAGAUUUUGAAGAGGGCGAGACAAGAUCAAACACGCAGCCGAUAGUUCCAGUUAUUUCUGUGUCAUUUGCGAUCUGAGGCCAUGUGGUAUAAAAAUGAAAAUACGUAAUGAAUCUGAAUACGUUGCGGCAACAUUCCAAAGUAUUUCCAACUGGAAUGAUAUUCAAAUAGGAACCGAACGGGUCAGCAAACCAAAUAAACUAUUUGGAAAUGACGAGCUGCGAGAUGGCUUAACUGCAGUUUCUUAUACGACUUUUAAAGAAUUUUAUUCAAAGCACGUUGUAUUCAAUUUAUGGGAUAACUGUUGUUGUUGUUGUUGCCAAAAUGAAAGCAAUAGCUGCGAUGCAGCACAAGCGGCACACUGUAUAAAAUCGGGAACAUUUAAAGUGAGAAGAGCUGAAAAAAAUCUGCGCUUGGCCACAACAUUCUUUAGCUAUAUUUUGUAUAAAUUAACGCAGUUAUGUUUCGUCAUCCUGUUGUUAGUGCCAUUUCUGCUUACCUGCAACACGCUGAUACAACAAGUUAGCGGCCAGGAUGUUGUCAAGGUCCCCAUAUCGAUGCCAAUUUCGAAUUCCAAUCUGGAGCUCGAUCACAACAUGUUCCGGGCCCAACUAGAUCCCAGCCAUGUGCAGCUGCGAGGAGCUCAAUCAAAAAGGGAUUGCCAAAUGAGACUCGACGACAACAGAAGUUACCAUACUAAAGUCCAUAGUAUAAUAAAAAGCAAGAGUCGUAUUUAUUCAUCUAUUCACCGUUUACGCGGAUAUAGUGUAAUAGUUCUAAGUCAAUCUGAUAAUAAUCGAAACUCUGGUAAGAAAAGCCUAAAUAAAAGCCUAGAUGCACCAAAGUCAGCCGUGAUGGCAAACGGUUCCUCGAUCCGCCGCACCAAGCGAAAUGUUCAUAUUGCCAAAAACGAGCAAGCACGUGAGAUUAAACGUAAACCCGAUGCUGAUAGCCAAAAAUUAGAAGUCGCCUUUGAGAAAUACAAAGAGAAUAACCAUAUGUACAACAGAAUUAUUAACAAAGAAAAACUUACCAAACUAAUUAUGAAGGGACUUGGAUUAAAAAAAUUACCGGAUAUGAAAAAGGCAAACAUUAGCCAAUUAGAAUACUCUAGCAAAUACUUGGAAUACUUGGAACGCUUAAGGACAAACCAUGGAGUGAAGAACGUCAUGGACAGCCUCUAUCUAUCCUCAGGACCUCCAGCGACAACACUUCAGAUUUUAAGCAUUGUAACAAAUAGGUUUAACGACAUAACCCAAAGCCGCAUCCGCCAGAGACGUGCACCCAGCACUGCGAAGAAUCGGGAAAGAAAAACAUUUAAAAGGGGAAAUGAGUUUGGGACAAACAUUCUGCUGCAUUUUCCUUUGGCCAUCAACAAUGCCGACUUCCAUUACGAAAAACUGGAUGAGGCAAAUGUCAGGCUAAUGAUGCUCUACAAUCCGGCGCUGGCAGCCCAAUCCCAGCACAGAACCAGAUUAGAGACGGGCAACAGACGGAAUCCGAUGAGGAGCAAAGGCGGCUGCGAUACGGGAGAGGCGCAUCAUCCGCACAUAUCAGCCAAGCCCAGGCCCAAAAUCCGGAGCCACAUAUUAAACCUGAAGGUUUACCAGCUGCUGCCAAUGCACAAGCGCCGUCAAUUGGAUGCACGUCAAAUUGAAUUCGAGAAUCCGAAUUUUGGCAGCCUGAAUGAGGAGACCCGCAGUCAGUGGCUAGAGUUCGAUGUAACCGAUGCGGUGCGGGGCUGGCUAAACAAGAGCCACGAGAACCUGGGCAUCGAGAUUCAGUGCGACAAGUGCCGGCGGAUCGGUGCUCGCAUUCUGAGCGAUGUUGCCACGCCCACGUCUCAUUUGUUGAAGGAGACGGCCGAGGAGGAUCGGUUUCAUCUGGCGCCCGUUUUAAAUAUUAUCGGACACAUUGGCCGCACGCACCGCGAGCAGGGAGUCCAAUCCUUUGGCGCGGCCAAUAAUCACAGCAGUUCUCAGUUCUUUCAUCACGACAACAACAGGAAUCAGGUAAAGAUGUGGCCAAAUAGUUGCUAUAAGACUCAUCAACGUUGCUGCCGACACCAGUUGGAUGUGGCCUUUAAGGACAUCAAGGGAUUCGAAUUCAUCAUUCAGCCAAAAGUAUUCGAUGCCGGCUACUGCCGGGGUCGCUGCCCGCCCAGGCACAAUCCCGCCCAUCACCAUGCUCUCCUGCAGAGCCUCAUCUGGCAAAAGGAUCACAAUCGUGCUCCGCGACCCUGUUGUGCGCCUUCCAAGCUAACGGAACUGGAGAUCUUGCACGUGGAUGAGGAGCACAGCGACAAGCUAAAAAUAUCAACCUGGAGCGAUAUGCAGGUCUUAGAAUGUGCCUGCUCAUAGAAUCGUCCUUAUCAAAUAUAAUUCUUAGAGGAGCAAGACAGUUCGAAUAAGGUUUCAGCAUGUUACUCAAUUAUUUUACAAUAUGGCCAGUAAAUAAUUUAUAAGUUUAAAGUAUCGUAUAUUGCAGUUGUGCAUAGGUAUAUCUCCCCCACCUUAAAUAAUAUAUAUAUUUAAUAUAUAUAUAGUAUAAUCAAUUGAGCUGUGUCCCAUAGUCCGACUGUCUGACUGUCUGACUGUCUGCCUGUCUGCCUGUCUGAUGCUCCAAGAUCUCAGUGACCAAAAGGCCUAGGAGCAUUGAAUACUGAAGUCCUGAAAUUUUAAAACAAGAUCCAAAACAAGUCUCAUUUCCUAAUUUCAUAGAAUUGAUAUCAAUCGAUUUUCAAGCUUGUUUUCUUUUAACAUAUUUUUUUUUUUCAAGA